UGUGUUUCCCACGCUCGCGGCUGACGUCAUGACGUCUGUUUACACGCUCGCGGUGACGUCACCCGGCAAUCAACGCAGGGUGAAGGCCGCAAGUCGACUGUGGCUGGCCUGUUUCCUCCUCCCCUGCACCUCAUGCUGACGGCCCUGACCGCCGUGUACUACACCUGCCUACGGCACCUGCCCUUCGCCCACUCUCAACCACCUGCCUUCGAUGCCGGCGCCGGCCAUCGUGGUGCUGCUGACGAUGGUGGAGGUGGUGGAGGAGGAGGGCGAGGAGGGCGAGGAGGAGGAGAAGACGAUGAUCCCGCCGUCGAUGUCUCAUUGUCGGAAGAGGAGACGGACGCUCUCCCCGGGGCGGAGUCGAACCUGGUCUUCAGUCAGUACGCGUCGCAGGUGGUCGACUUCAGCUCGCAGUACGGCUCGGAGGGCAGCCUCUCCUACACCAUGGGGAACCUGGCGGGGCCACCCAGCGUCUUCCCGGCGCACGGCGACGUGACUCAGGCCGCCGUGCCGCGCACCUACGGCCGCUGGUGGCAGCGGGGGGGCGGCGGCGGCGGCACCGCGGCCGCCCCGCCGGUGCGCGCCCCGCCGACGUUCCGCGCCCGCGACUUCGUGGAGGUGGCGUUCCCUCGCGCCGUGCGCCCGUGCUCCGUCGGCGUGCUUGAGGUCUACAACCCCGGCGCCGUUGUCCGGAUCCUCGCCAGGGAGAGCGGCGCUGGGGCCGACGGGAAGGGGCCGCGCUGGGCGACGCUGUGGUCAGGUCCCCCCAAGCUGCUGGGGGCGAACCGGUCGCGGGAGUUCUGCCCGCGGAUCCGCCGGCCGGGUUUCGCGACGGAGCUGCUGCGCCUGGAGCUGGACUGCUCGCUCUGCGAGUACUACACGGAGCUGGACGCCGUGGUGCUGCGCGGCGCUGCCGCAGCGGCGGCGGCGGCGCCCUCCGCCGCCGCCGGCCCCCCGCACCGACCCGUGGGGCGCGCCGAGGACCGCGACGGCCACGGUCGAGAAGGGAGCGACGACGACGACGCCGAUGACGACGCCGAUGACGACGACGACGAUGACGUUGACGACGACGACGGUGACGACGACGACGACGACGACGGCGAUGACGUCAACGGCGAUGGUGGGGAUGACGGCGAUGGCGGUGGCGGCGGCGAUGGCGGCGGCGAUGGUGGAUGUGGAGGAGGUGGUUGGAAGGUCAAUGAGAAGAUGCCCCAGGCCACGAGCAGCUCGGAGCCCGGCAGCGGGAAUGGCUACUUUGACUUGCUGCCAUACGAGCUGAUCCAGCUGAUCCUGUCUCACGUGCCACUGCGGGACCUGUGCCGCCUGUGCCGCACGUGCCGCCUGCUGCGGGCGCACGCCGAGGACCCGGCGCAGUACUCGCACCUCGACCUGCGCCCGUACUGGCCCAGCGUGGGCGACGCCCAGCUGCAGGCGCUGGCGCCGCGCUGCACUCACACGCAGGCCCUGGGCCUCUCCUGGACCGGGGGCCGGGGCCUCGUCACUGUCGGGGGAUUCGUGCGCUUCCUGGAGGGCUGCGGGCGGGGGCUGUUGCGGCUGGAGCUGUCGUGCUGCGAGUUUGUGACGGAGGAGAGCGUGGGCGCCAUUGCGCGCUGCUGCCCGGCGCUGCGGGCGCUCGACCUCUCCUGCUGCCGCGCCACCGCCGCCGCCACCACCGCCGCCUCCGCCACCGCCGCCGGUGCCGGCACGCCGCAGCCGGCGUCGACCUUCCGUUCCCUCGCCUCGCUGCACGACCUGCGCCACCUCAACCUCUACCGCACCGGCGUGGACGAGGAGGUGCUGUCGGAGAUCAUCGGCGCCUGCCCACAGCUCCAGACCCUGAACAUCGGCAGCUGCGUCCAGGUGGAGAACGGUGAUGACGUGCUGGUCGCCCUCGCACGCUCCUGCCCGCGCCUGGAGGGCGUGGACGCGUGGAGGCUGCACGGAGUGACACACGUUGGUCUCAUGGAACUCGUCAUGUCCUGCCCUCACCUACAGGAGCUAGACCUGGGCUGGUGCUCGGGCCUGCAGAGCGGCACCGGCGUGUUCCAGCUGCUGGCGCGCAGCCUCCCGGCGCUGCGCCGCCUCUACCUCACUGCCAACCGCACGGUGGGCGACCACGACCUGGCAGCGCUGGCGCGGCACUGCCCUCGCCUCCAGCAGCUCGACAUCCUGGGCACGCGCAUGGUGAGCACCAGCGCGCUGUGGGAGCUGCUGUGGAGCUGCCGCGAGCUGCGCCUGCUGGACGUGUCGUUCUGCUCGCGCGUCGACGCUCGCCUCGUGGGGGAGCUCCGCGCCCGCUACCCGGCCGUGGCCAUCAAGCGCAGCGACUGCCAGCGCCAUCUGCCCGCCCGCCGGCGCCGUCUGUCCAUUCGCCGGCGCCGUCUGCCCGCUCACUAGUGCCGUCUGUCCAUUCGCCGGCGCCGUCUCACCGCUCACUAGCGCCGUCUGGCCAUUCGCCGGCGCCGUCUGCCCGCUCACUUGUGCCGUCUGUCCAUUCGCCGGCGCCGUCUCACCGCUCACUUGUGCCAUCUGUCCAUUCGCCGGCGCCGUCUGCCCGCUCACUAGUGCCGUCUGUCCAUUCGCCGGCGCCGUCUGCCCGCUCACUAGUGCCGUCUGUCCAUUCGCCGGUGCCGUCUGCCCGCUCACUAGUGCCGUCUGUCCAUUCGCCGGCACCGUCUACCCGCUCAUGAGUGCCGUCUACCCGCUUGCGCUGCCACUCGCCCGCCCGCUCGCUCGAGCCAUCACCAGCUCGCUCGCCCCUUUGCUGACGCCGCCGCUCGCCCGCCUGCCCGCUCGCUCGUGCCGUUGCCCGCUCGCUCGCUCGCUAGUGCCGUUGCCCGCUCGCUCGCUCGCUCGCUCACGCCAUCACACGCUCGCCCACGAGCGCCGUCACCCGCUAAGACCAUCACCCGCUUGCCCACUAGUUCACUCGUGCCAUUACCUGCCUGUUAGCGCCGUCAGCUACCCGCCCACCCGUCCAUACCACCAAGAGAUCUGCACAAGCAAGGCUGACGGACCAAGCAAGCAAGCAAGCAAUCAAAAACACUGGCCCGCUGGCUGUCGGACUGACUGACCGACUGAUCGAGCAACCAACCAUCGUGAGGCUUCGGAAGACCAUCCAGUGAUGUGUGGAGGCUCCCGGCCUGUGGCUUUGUGCGGCGUUUUAAUUUAAUGUCACAGCUGUGCGUUUUAAUUUUCCGCGUUGCUCAUGCUGCUGCUAAGCCACGCGCUUGCGCUGCGUCCGAUGCCUUACGUCAACGUUGCCCCCCUUCCCCCCCUUCCCCCCCUUCCCCCCAUCGGAAUCCGAUGAGCUAUGAAGCUCUUUUUCGCAAAUAUCCAGUAGGGGCACGGGGUAAGAACGUUGCAACAACAAACAUAACGCAAACACACGAUAGUAGUGCAGAGUACUAGAAAGGUAAACAAAUCACUCAACACACAGAUACAAACAACCAUCCCCAUCCUACCAGGCAAAGCCCACUGAAGGUAUUCACUUAUUGUUUAGAGGCGACCUGGCUACGACAGAUGAUAGCUCAACAUAGUGGCUCCGUCAUUCGGACAAAUGAAUCUAAUAAAAAGUUAACGGCAUCAUCAUCAUCGCCACCCUGAUGAGGUUGAUCGGUGCCAGCGACAGUGCAAUCUCGCAAUCUCGCAAUCUCGCAGUCUCGCAAUCGCCACCUGUUUUGUCUUUGAUUAUCAGGUGUGAUUACAUUAAAAAAAAAAUUCCCAAGGAGAUCUGGGAAGUAUAUUAUAUGGAAUGUUAUUGACAUUUAAGAUUUAUAUCACGAAAUAAUGAGUCAGGCAGCUCUCGCUUCCCUCCCCUACAUCUGUCUUUCCAUGCAAAACACAAAAAACAAAAAAAUAAAUAACAUCCAAUCAGCAACACGCGUAGCCCCUGGGAGUGCAGCAUCCUACCAUCGGCAGCAUUGGCUCAACGAAAGCAGAAAUCUGUACCGGUUUCGGCUUUCGGUGUCUCAUCGGCACACGCAGGCUUGCUUGAGCCGUGCACCGUUGUAGCACGGAACGCUCUCCAUUACAACGCGGAACGCUCUCCAUUACAACGCGGAACGCUCUCCGUUACAACGCGGAAUGUUCUCCAUUACAACGUGGAACGCUCUCCGUUAUAACGCGGAAUGUUCUCCAUUACAACGUGAAACGCUCUCCGUUAUAACGCGGAAUGUUCUCCAUUACAACGUGGAACGCUCUCCCUUACAAUGUGGAACGCUCUCCCUUACAACGUGGAACGCUCUCCCUUAUAACGCGGAACGCUCUCCCUUAUAACGCGGAACGCUCUCCGUUAUAACGCGGAAUGUUCUCCAUUACAACGUGGAACGCUCUCCCUUACAAUGUGGAACGCUCUCCCUUAUAACGUGGAACACUGUCCUUUACAACGUGGAACGCUCUCCGAUACAACGCGGAAUGUUCUCCGUUAUAGCACGGAACGCUCUCCGUUACAACGCGGAACGCUCUCCAUUAUAGCACGGAACGCUGUCCGAUACAACGUGGAACGCUGUCCGAUACAACGUGGAACGCUCGCCGUGUUGGCCUUCAGGACGCCAGUGGGGUUUUUUUUCUUCCUCUCCGUGUCCAUGUGGUGAGGAAUUGAAUGAAGCAUAAACCUGUUGGUCGGGCCUC